CAAAUUGUUCAGUUUUGUCUAACAAUUAGUUGGAGUAAGAAAUAUUUUGAUGCAAAUACUAUACAGAUCCUCAAGGGACAAAUUAAAUUGAGAAGUUUCUAAAUUGAUACAAUCUUACUAAUUUGCAAGGAAUUUAUUAUAAAUAUUAGUCAAUUUUCUUAAUGACUAAUUAGAUAAUUACUUUUGCGGGUUAACUUACAACUCAACCGCACUCACACCUCAUCAGUUACCCAACCUAUCCAACCCGAAAAAAAUGUGAAUGAAUAGUAGAUCACAAUUGUACCAACUCGCUAAUAAACGGCGGGUGAAUUUGAGAGCAAAACUCUCCCAACCCUCACAUUGCCCGCCACUAACUAAUACUACCGACUAUAAUCAGAGGUUGUUCGAAACAAUAAAGCAUAUAUAUGAAAACUAUUCUUUAUCAAACAAUCAAUAAAAAAUAUCAUAUGCUGCCAUUAGUGUUAUACCAUAUCUCGCGUGUAAACAACAAGAUGCUCUAGCAAAUUUUUAUGUGUAUAAUAAUGGUCUACUGCAAAACAUUUUGCAUAUUAAAGUAUUUUCACUUCUAUUUAAUUAAAAAAAGAUUGUAUUAGAAAAAAGAGAACACCACCUCCUAUAUUUGGAUACUGAAAUCAACGUGGAGAUCAACCUGUUCUCUUCUUUGUGGGAGAGAUUCCAAUUCAUGAACAGAAGUCCUUAUAAAAUGCCAUUGCUUGCCUGCUGAUAUUGCCACACAUUCAUUCCAAGCUUUCAACUUCAUUUCUUCAGUAAGUAAUCGAUUAAGCAAACAAAGCUAGCUUUUGGAAAUCCUUCCAUUUUUUUUUGUUUUAUCAUGGCAAUGACUACCAUUAACCAUGAGAUCAAGUCCUCCAACAUCUCAGCACAAAAAAUGUUCAAGGCUGUGGUCCAAGAAAGCAACACCACUUACACGACCGUCUUUCCUCAACUGAUCAAGACUAUCGAGACUAUCCAAGGAGACGGCGGCCCUGAAACAAUACUCAGGUUCUACUUUAUUGAUAGUGUGACAACUGAAUUAAUGUCCUUGGAGAUCAAGGUGGAUGUUGCUGACCCGUUGAACUUGUACGCCAAGUACACGAUGACGGACACAAAUGAUGAAGUCGUGGUGAACGAGUUGAAGUUUGAGGAAGAAGGACAAGGUUGUGUCUGUAAGUUAACUACUCAUUACAUCAAACAAGACGAUGAAAUACACAGUGGGGCAGAAAGGGCAUUGCGUGUUUACAAGAAGGUGCUGGAGUAUUUAUCAGCCAAUCCCCAUAUUUGUGCCUAAGUUAAUUAUAUGCGUGACAAAAUAUCAUGGCUAUAUAUAGCUAGAUGGUCAAAUCUAGAUAUUUAUUUGGAUAUACAUACCAUGAUAAUUAUAUGGUUGACAUGGUAAUAAAGAUUUGUUUUUACAACAAAGCGGUCACAAAUCAAACAAAGUGAUCAUUUCAUACAAGUUCAAACUAUUGUUAUUAUGUCGUUACAAAUUAAAUUUUUGGUGAUCGUUUUGUACAACUUUCAAAGGUUUGAACGAUCAGUCACGGUUACAAUUCGCCCUAGUUGAGGUAUGAUGGGUUUGUUAAUUUAUGUGAAUGAUAUGAUCGUAAUAAAGGAUGACCGUGAUCAUAAGAUAAAAUAAAGGAUGACAGUGAAAGAUUUCAACGCCUCACAAAUGGGUUGUUUAUUUAGAGAAACUAAUUUUUUUGUUUAUUAUUAUUUUUGAAAAAUAUGUCCAGAAUUAUUUUAAAAAACAAUGACGAACCGUGAAAUGAUUAAAAUAAACAAUAUAGAUUAGCAUACGUAUAAUUAACAUUUAAGUUAGAAAAUCCAAAGGAAAAAAGUGAGACCAUUAGAUUUGAGAGUGUACGGUUGGAGUAAAAAUGUGAAAUGUGAAAUGAGAAAGUAGGUGUUUAAAAGAAAAUGUAUUAGAUUUGAGAGGCAUACUUGAAGUUGGUCUAAGAAGGUAGCAAUGCAGGGGAAUAGGGUAAAAGCUACAUUGCCAAGUCAACACCAAAUGAGCUUAUUUAACCGUUGACUAACGAUCAACAAAUGGGAAGUAGGGAUGACAAUUGAACUCGUCCAAUUAGGUAUUAUCUCACCCAACUCGCGAUGGGACGGGUAUUACCCAAUUCGCAGUAGUGUGGGUGGGGUAUGAGUAUCUAUUUUCGAUUUGCCCUACCCCACCCCGUCCUGUGUCUUUGUCCAUUCUAUCUAAAAAAAUUUACAAUAUCUA